AUGAGCGAAGUAUCCUCCACCCGUCUCUAUCUCGGCAAUCUGCCCCGUAAUGGUAUGCUGCUGGUCUUACUCCAUCCCAUCUCCGUCACCGUCAUCGUCUCCCUGUCUUUCAAUAAACAGGACAUCGAAGAGCAUUUCGGCUCCCACGGUACCGGAAAGAUUACUGAGAUCAAGCUGAUGCAAGGCUUUGGCUUUAUCGAAUACGAGGAUGCUAUGGAUGCAAAAGAUGUCGUUCCUGGUGAGGACACCUCCGUGGUCGCGUUUACUUUCCUGGAUUUCUUUUUUUUGUGCUUUUCCCUUUUUUCUGUUUACUCCAUGGACGACGCCUUGCUAAUAAUGGGACCCGUUUUGAUUCUGCCUUCCAAUGGUACCGACUUCAAAGGUGAAAGGCUCACGGUGCAGUUUGCGCGUGGGCCACGGCGUAGAGAGCCAUUCCCUGGGCCUCCCGAACGGUCUACUGCUCCUCGUCCACGACGAACCAUAUACCGUAUGCAGAUAACUGGAUUGCCCGAAACCAGUUGGCAGGAUCUCAAGGAUUUCGCCCGCCAGUCAGGACUCGACGUCGUCUAUUCUGAAACUCGUGACCGUGACGGGAAAGGAUUUGUUGAAUUCGAGAAUGGCAACGAUCUCCGGACCGCCGUCGAGAAAUUGGAUGGCACUGACUUCAAAGGCUCCCGAGUGACCUGCACUGCGGACAUCCAACCACCCAUGGAGGACCGUGUGCCCAAGGAUCCAUACCGUUCUCGUUCCCCUCGUCGUGGCCCUCCAUACCCACCAGCUGAGGACUAUGACAGACGCGGCCCUCCCAGGGGCUACAGCCCCCGUGGCCACUAUCGUGAGCGCUCCCCUCACGGAGGCCGUGACUACUAUGAUCGUGAUGGCUAUGGCCGUCGCUCGCCCCCUCGUGCGCGUGUAGAUGACUACCCGCCACCCCGCCGACCAUACGAUGACCCGUAUGAGAUGCGCAGUGGUGGUCCUCCUCGUCACUAUGACGAUCCGUACAUGCCUCGUGGGGCUCCGUUUGGAGGUCGGCCACGUAGCCCUCCUCGUGGGGAUUAUGGAGGUUAUGAGCGCCGGGGCGGAUACUGGUAGACUACUCUCUUCCUUUACCUCCAGUUCUGCUUUU